AUGUCGUCUUCGCUCGCAACUCGCCCAGCGCCGCACACAUCGACGGCCGCCUCUGCCAGCUCCACCACCGCCUUCGACGUGCCGCACAUCACCACCCACGCCCCCGAGCCCAUGGAUACGUCAAUGAGAGGCUCCGAGUCCUUGAGCGGCAACCAUGGCCAUGACCCGGCCGACCCCGACGCCCGAUCUGCCGACGGCUCCAAGAACGCCUCGCCCCCCGACACGGGCAAUGCCUCCACCAGGAACUCCUCCUCCAUGACGGCGCCCCCCCCCGCUGCCGCCGCCCUACAUCAGCCCAAGAUUGUCCAGACGGCCUUUAUCCACAAGCUAUACAACAUGCUAGAAGACCGGAAUAUACAACACCUGAUCUCGUGGUCAUCGAGUGCCGACAGUUUCGUCAUGGCCCCAACCCCAGACUUUUCCAAGGUGUUAUCGCAAUACUUUAAGCACACCAAUAUCUCAUCCUUCGUCCGACAGCUGAACAUGUACGGCUUUCACAAGGAGCGAGAUGUAUUCCACACGGGAAACCCGGAGAGUACCCUCUGGGAAUUCAAGCAUGGUGGCGGAAACUUCAAGCGCGGAGACCUCGUCGGAUUGCGCGAGAUCAAGAGACGCGCCAGCCGACAUGCCCUCGUGCACAGAGAGAGCGCGUACUCGAAAGCGACGCCCCCGCAACCACCUACCCCGACCGACUCGAUUCACAUGGACCACGACGGCGUGGAUCGUCUGGCCAGCAUGGAACACUCCCUCUACGACCUGAGUGUCCGCCUGCAGAGGAGCGAGGACAGCGUGCACUAUAUGCAGGCGAGGAACCAGGCUGCUGUGGAGACCAUGAGCCGACUCCUCUACUUCAACCAGGAGCUCGCGAGGACCGUGCAGUCCCUCGCAUCCCCAGAGGACCCUGCGCUCCGAGACUGUACGUCGACAGCUGCGCUCGAUACCUGCGCACCCCCUGACCUCACACACCGUCGCAUCUCCGCUAACAUGCAUGUUCAUUCAGUUGCCGCGCUGCAGAAUGAGAUGGCGAGGCAGGCCGACAUGAUCAGGAGCAUGGAAGAAACAUCGGCUGAGAUGCCUUUCCUAAGCAGACAGCAGUAUCUCAGCGGCAUAGAGAACGCGCCGGUAUCACCGAGACAGAUACCGUCGGACGACUCGCGACGCAACCUGACAGUACCUCAACGCCAGAACUUCUACCGACCGCCUGUGCCCUCGAACCUCUCUGUAGUCGCCAGGAGACCGUACGGGUCAAUCGGAGGGGCGGGCACAGCCCAGCCAUCGCCCUCGCGGAACAUCACCAACCCUGUCGCUGCACCGCCGCCAGGACCCCCCCACCCUCUGGCGAAUGUCGAACCCCAUCCCGCGAGUCUGGGGAGGAGACACACCUCGGCCGACAUACGCGCCCACGGCUGGCAUGCGGGCCCGUCCCCAUACUCGACCAAUACGUCCACAGGCUACCCGUCAUCACCCACCCGCGCACCCCCCGAGGACCAGCGCAUCCGCGAAUCGCUAUCGGCGUACUCGCUGCAUGCGGCGUCUCACCAGCAGGGGCAGCCUACUUCCCGACCGACGACGCCGCCGCCGCCGCCCAGUGCCAUAGGGAAUGCCGGGAGUGGCAGCGGCAGCGGCGGCGGCGGCGGCGGCGGCGGCAAUGGCGCAGACACGUUUGGCAACUGGUCGUGGGGCUCGGCUGCGGCAAGCAGGGUUCUCAAGGAUUCGUCGGGACCGCCCACCAGGAGAGGCAGCAUGGCGCAUAUCCUGAACCCUAGCGAUACCGCUGAGAGGUCAGAUGAGGACGAGGAUCCGCGUGGCGAGGACGACAGGAAACGAAAGCGAGUGCAAUAG